AAAGUGCGAGCACUCCAAAGAUAUUGAAAGUUGCAAAAAAAAAAAAAAAAUGCAGUUGCUUUUCUCCAAGCUACUUUCUCAAACGGACAUAGAAGUUAGGUUUUCAGUUCCGAUGGAAAGUCUAGACGCCUUUGAGUUCCAACAGGGAGAAUUCAAGGUAAAUUUCGAAGCGAUAGACAUCGAGGAGAAGCCAUGGAAUUUUCGUCUCACCAAAAGGCAGAAAGAUGUCCAUCCGAAACCAGUGCUGUCCGCCGGUUGGCUCGCUUAUGUGCAGGACAAGCGCCUCCAGAAAAACGAUAAGCUCCUUCUCCGCGUUGAAGGUAAAGAGACGAAGAAAAGGAGAUUCCGAAUUCAUGCGCUGAGAAAAGCCUUCAGGCUUUUCGGGGAGGACAUCUGGGUUGACGUAGAGAAGUUGGAGGAAGACAACGUCAAGGGAGUUCCAUCUACGAAAUUUCUUCAAUUGGAUUAGAAGGUUUCCAUGACCCCAAGACUUUGCCUUUGGGCAUUUAUAGGUACCAGUUGUUAAUUAGUUUCUGAAUUAACUGGUCAUGGUUUUAAAAGUUAUUAAUGCUUGUAUAUGGUAGUUUUUUUCUUUUUCCUUGAAAGAUUAACUAUGCAGGGUGUAAGAUUUACAGUUUGAAAUGGGAUCAUGCAUGGGAACAGAUAAUUAUGUUCAGAAGUAAAUAUCUAGCAAGCUA